ACAACGUCGUGUUACAUGACCUAACCAUAGAGCGUUUGGUAAGAAAAGCUACCUAACGAUUGUGUGUUGUAAGAUGAGCAAGAGUCCGAGAUGUCUACAACAGCAGGACGAGUUUUCUCUGGUCUGACACGAGUAUCUUGCAGCCGAGGGAUUUUAAUUCAUAACUCGACCGUGAGCAGAUUGAACAGUGUGCGGUCCCUAGCUCUGAGCUCUCAGAGGCCAGCCAGGUCCAAGAAGUCAACAGCUGAGGGAGAACAGGUGAACAAUGAGCCCAUCAAGUUCUCCACAAGUAAAGCCAGUCACAGGACCUGGAAAGUCGACCGCUCCAUGGGGAGCCAGUUUCAGCGGCCCUGGUGGAAAGUCCUCCCCAUCAGCCUGUUUGGCACCGGCUUCCUUCUGUGGUGUGCACUGAGAAGCGAAACGGACAUUGAUGCACAGCUGGAGAAGCAGCUGUAUGAGCAUUUACCUGGCUUGCUUUCAGAGGAAGAGGAGAAGGAAGUCCAAAAUAAAUCAAGUUAACUAAUGUGGAACUUCAGAUGUAUAUACUUCAGGUUUUAUUUAUUGUGAAAUGUGUCUGUAGUAUUUCAGGCUGUGGCACCAGCACAUUGUGCAACGCUGAAGGUGUAUUGAUGAAGCCGUCCACUACUACAGAAACUCAUGGGGUUUUUUUCUCAUCAGUAAAAAUGAAUUAUAGAUUGUGUUAGAUCAUGCAUUGCCUUUUGUUGUUUCAUUUGAGUGAUCAGAUCACAUGGAUUAAAAAUGCCUUGAUUU